CACACUGACCUCCCUUAACUAACUCCCCCAGUGUACCUCCACGCCAUGGAAGCAGCUGGUGAUCCCUUCUCGCUUCCAAGUACUCCAUGAAUGUAACAACUUGAUGUGACCUGAGUUCUUCUCUCCUCUCCUCUCCCUCCUCGUCAUCUUCCUUCUUCCCUCACCUCGCGCCCGCUGGCCAGAUGUUUCUCCACUCCCUCUUGAUGCAAAACAUGGCCAAGAACAGUACUGCACAGCAGCAGACGAGGUCGAAAGAGAGCGGUGGCGGCGCGGGGAGAUCGAGAGGGAUGUCGUCCAAGAAGUCGCCGUGGUACCAGCGGGCGGUGGAGGUGCUACUGCUCAUAUGGAAGCAGCCGGCUGGUGCGGGGACGACGGCGACGACGAAGGCCGCGGCGGCGGCGGGGGUGACGGGCGGCAAGGCGGCGGGGUCGGGGUCGGGGAUGGGGGCUCGGCUGCGGAAGUCGUCGUCGCUGAAUGUGGCGGCGUCGUUCACGCGGGUCUGCCUCUGCGCGCCGAUCUCCUCCUACAACGAGCAGUCGCUCUACUUCCAGGCGGGCGACGUGGCGCCGCGGCGGAGCUACAGCUACCCGCGCGCGUCCUCGGCGUCGGCGUCCGGAUGCGGGGGCAGCGGCAGCGGCAGCAGCAACCCGCUGGUGGCGCCGCCGCCCGCGGCCGAGCAGAGGGCGCUGAUGAGGGGGGCGCCCGGAACCGGCGGGGAGAGCGCGAGGCGGCCGGUGUUCCGCGGCAAGUCGCUGACGGACGACAUCCUCAUGCGGCGGUUCGUCGUCGACGAGGAGGCCACGCGGCGGCGCAACGAGAUGGAGGUGAUCCGGCGCCGCCACGCGGCCGCCGCCAAGCGCCGGCGCCUCGGCCCCAGCCCUCUCCGCCGGAUGGCCCUGGCGGAAUCGGAGUCGGAAGCCGACGACGACGAGGAGGAGACAACGACGACGGAAGCAGAGCCGAAGCCGACGUCACGGAGGAAGCCCACAUCCGUACCGCCCGCCGCCGCAGCGUAACAUCGAAGCCUUCCCUCCGCUUGUCUCCGUCUCAUUUCUCUUUCUUCUUCUUCUCCUCCUCCUCCUCCUCCCGUUCCUUGUGCUGUUGUCGUUGUCACGCAAUGAUGCAAGAAGAAAAUUCCGAGCAA